GCCUAAUAUGGCUAGACAGAAGGGGAGAGAUCACGGAAUGGAAGGGUUGCAUGGGUUAUAUAUAAAUAGGCUGUGGACAGUACUGCAGCCUGAGCGAGCUUAGCCAUAGCAUCCCCUGCACUGCCUGAGACAGACCGGAGCCCAAGAAAGCUACCAUCAUGUGUGACGAUGAAGAGACUACCGCACUUGUGUGCGACAACGGCUCCGGGCUUGUGAAAGCUGGAUUCGCUGGGGAUGAUGCCCCAAGAGCAGUAUUUCCAUCUAUUGUUGGUCGUCCACGUCACCAGGGUGUCAUGGUUGGUAUGGGUCAAAAAGAUUCCUAUGUAGGUGAUGAAGCCCAGAGUAAGAGAGGUAUUCUGACACUGAAGUAUCCUAUUGAACAUGGCAUCAUCACUAACUGGGAUGACAUGGAGAAGAUCUGGCAUCACACCUUCUACAAUGAGUUGCGUGUAGCCCCAGAGGAGCACCCCACCCUGCUCACUGAGGCUCCAUUGAACCCAAAAGCCAAUCGUGAGAAGAUGACCCAAAUCAUGUUUGAGACCUUCAAUGUCCCAGCAAUGUACGUUGCAAUCCAGGCAGUGCUUUCCCUGUAUGCCUCUGGCCGUACCACUGGUAUUGUGCUAGACUCUGGUGAUGGUGUAACACACAACGUGCCAAUUUAUGAAGGUUAUGCCUUGCCACAUGCAAUUAUGCGUCUUGAUUUGGCUGGUCGUGACCUGACUGACUACCUUAUGAAGAUCCUGACAGAGCGUGGCUACUCUUUUGUCACUACUGCUGAACGUGAAAUUGUCCGUGACAUCAAGGAAAAGUUGUGCUAUGUCGCUCUUGACUUUGAAAACGAGAUGGCCACAGCUGCCUCCUCCUCAUCCCUGGAGAAGAGUUAUGAAUUACCUGAUGGACAGGUCAUCACCAUUGGCAAUGAACGUUUCCGUUGCCCAGAGACCCUCUUCCAGCCAUCAUUUAUUGGUAUGGAAUCUGCUGGUAUUCAUGAGACAACCUACAACAGCAUCAUGAAGUGCGAUAUUGACAUCAGAAAGGACUUGUAUGCCAACAAUGUCAUGUCUGGUGGUACCACCAUGUACCCAGGUAUUGCUGACCGUAUGCAGAAAGAGAUCACUGCUCUGGCUCCCAGCACUAUGAAAAUCAAGAUCAUUGCUCCACCUGAGCGUAAGUACUCUGUUUGGAUUGGUGGCUCCAUCUUGGCUUCUCUGUCUACCUUCCAGCAGAUGUGGAUCACAAAACAAGAAUAUGAUGAAGCUGGCCCAUCCAUUGUCCACCGCAAAUGCUUCUAAACAUGCUCACUUGAUCCUUGUUAAAAUCUGUCUCAGGUUGACAAUGUUCUUUGCUCUGGGCUGCACAAAAUGUACCAACAGCCAUUACUUUACAAAAAACAAUGUCUGUCAUUCUUUCCUCAUAAUUCUUUUGACUCGAAACGAUGUAAAGUGUACAUAAAUUGUAAUUUAUUUUAAGAUGUUUUGUAACUUCAAAAACAUUGAACUAAUGGAAUCAAAGAGAAAUGUCAAGGAACAAUAAAUGAGUCAUGUCCCACCUGA